AAAAAACUUUAAUUCUAUCAAUAAUAGUGCCGUAUCAUAUUAUUCCUCCGAACUCUCCCCGAAUCCAACACUUAAAUUAUGAAUAAAUUUAAUUAAUUUAUAUAGUAAAGAUUUAGUAGAUGACACGAGUCACUUCACCACCAAAGCUUCUUCUUUCUUUUGUCGUCUUUGUUGGGUUUGGUUUCGAUCGAUUCCAGAAAUCUGUUCUGGUGAAAAAAAAUCUUAGUUUAAAAGAGAAGACUCUCUCUUUUAUCUCUUUCAAUCUAUAAAGGUAUCUUCUUCGUGCCAUUAAAGAACCUGAGUUUGCUUCAUCACAGUGAUUCUGAAAUCUGUCAAGCUUCAGAUUUAUCUUUUUAAGGCGUUUCGCUUUCAGAGUGGCCCAGAUUGUGUUGGUCAGUUUCUGGGAGAGUGAGUGUUGUAUCUGUUUGUUUCUCUGAGCUGUUUAAUCUUCUCAUUAUCUCUGAAAAAUAUAUUUCAUUGAUUCUUUUCCUGAGGGAAGUUUAGAUUUUUAUUUACUUAUUUGUUUCUCUAAGCGAAGAUCAUCAGCUGAUAGAGAAUCGAGAUUUAAUUUUCUCCUUAUCAAGGGGACACAAAAACUUUUGCUCUUGCUCGGUGAAUAAUAGAGUUAUGGAACAUGAUUUACCGUCUAUUAAAUCAUGGAAGUCACUUGUUAAGAGAAGAAACAACCCUCAAGAGGGGGGUAAGUCAUCUUGGAAAAUGAAACCGGUCAUGGCUCUCAUGUGUACAGUGCUUUUGAUCUUUUGGUAUAAGACCACAAAUAUUCAGUAUGAACAGACACAGAUGGAAGAAACAGAUUAUCCCUUUGAGAUGGCUAAGGAAUCUGAACCGGUGAGUGAAAAGUUGAAAGGGCUACCUUUUGGUAUCAUACAGCCUAGAUCAGAUUUGGAGUUAAAGCCUCUUUGGUCAAGUAGUACUUCGAGGUCAAAGGGAGGAGAAAUGACAAACCGUAACUUGUUGGCAAUGCCUGUAGGAAUUAAGCAAAAGGACAAUGUCGACGCUGUUGUAAAGAAGUUUCUUCCAGCGAAUUUCACUGUUAUUCUGUUUCAUUAUGACGGAAACAUGGAUCAAUGGUGGGAUCUGGAGUGGAGCUCUAAAGCCAUACACAUUGUUGCACAUAACCAGACAAAAUGGUGGUUUGCGAAACGGUUUCUCCAUCCUGAUAUCGUCACCGUAUACGAUUAUGUUUUCCUUUGGGAUGAAGAUCUUGGAGUGGAGAACUUCAACCCAGAAAAAUACCUGAGGAUAGUUAAAUCAGCUGGGCUUGAGAUAUCUCAACCGGCUUUACAUCCAAACUCAACCGAAGUUCACCAUAGAAUUACAGUCCGGUCUAGAACAAAACGCUUUCAUAGACGAGUUUAUGAUAGUAGAGGCAAUAUGAAGUGCUCAAAUGCUAGUGAAGGGCCUCCAUGCACCGGAUUUGUUGAGGGAAUGGCUCCAGUGUUUUCAAGAUCUGCCUGGUUUUGCACUUGGAAUCUAAUACAAAAUGAUCUGGUUCAUGGGUGGGGAAUGGAUAUGAAACUUGGGUACUGUGCUCAGGGUGAGCGUAGCAAGAAAGUUGGCAUAGUUGACAGUGAAUAUAUAUUCCAUCAAGGCAUUCAAACUCUAGGAGGAAGUGGUUAUCCCGACAAGAAGAACUCAGAUCGCAGUGGAGUCAAUAGGAGACGCGGUUCUGCAACUUUUGAUUCAAGAACAGAGAUACGGAGACAGUCAACAUGGGAGCUUAAAACUUUUAAAGAACGUUGGAACCGUGCGGUUGAGGAAGACAAGAACUGGAUCGUCCGGUCUGCAUCGACAAGGAACCGUGCCAGCAAUAACCGGAGAUUUAAGCGGAGUAGUGUGAUUUCAAGUUUAUUGCAGAGGAGAGCUCAAGAGACUAUAAAAUAAACACAUGAGUUUUUUCUAUCAGAGAUCAAAUAUAGAAAAAUGUUGUUUUUUGGCAUUGUUAAUAGUUAAUCAUCACUCUCUUUGAUUAGUGUAGUUUUCAGUAUCUUCUUUAGAUGUGGCUCAGUCUCUCUUCCAUCUUUGAUUAAUUCCAGUUGAUUGAGCAUGUUUUCGUAUAAAAAAGGGUUCGCGUC